UGUACAACCAUAAAAUCAAACAGUUUUGUACGUGGCACAGAUAGCUGAACUUUAUUCACGAUGUGCGGAAUCUUUGCUUACUUGAACUUCUUGGUGGAGAGUGACCGAGAGAAGAUCAUUAAGAUCCUUAUAGAUGGCUUGAAGAGACUGGAAUACAGGGGAUAUGACUCUGCAGGUAUCGCAAUUGAUGGAGGGAAUGAGCAGGUUCGAAACAAACCUAUCCGACUCAUCAAAAAGAAAGGCAAAGUGGCCAAUCUGGAGGAAGAAAUCAAAAUUGCAGAAGAUUUAAACAUGGAUCUUACCUUUGAGACACAUAUUGGUGUAGCCCAUACCCGCUGGGCAACCCAUGGGGAACCUAAUGCUGUAAAUUGUCAUCCACAGAGAUCAGAGGAAGAUAAUGAAUUCAUCGUAGUGCACAAUGGUAUCAUCACAAACUAUAAAGAUGUCAAACAAUUCCUGCAAAAUAAAGGAUAUGUAUUUGAGUCUGAAACAGAUACUGAAGUUAUCCCUAAAUUGUGCCAUCACAUAUUCAAGUCCCACGAAGGCAGCCCUAUUACAUUCCGUGAGGUAGUUGAGACCUGUAUACAACAGCUGGAAGGUGCAUUUGCUCUUGUGUUCAAGAGUGUACAUUUUCCCGGACAGUGUGUAGCUGCAAGACGUGGUAGCCCCUUGUUGAUAGGUGUGAAGAGUCAGUCCAAACUCUCGACUGACCAUUUCCCCAUUCUCUACAGUAAAGAUGUUAACGCUGAAGCGAUGGGUAUCGAAGUGGAUCACAGAGGUUCAGGAGGUAUCAACCCCCCAUCUAUUCAACGUGAUGAAACCACGGAGUUCCAUCCAACAGGACCACAGAAGGUGGUUGAAUACUUCUUUGCAUCAGACGCAAGUGCCAUCAUAGAACACACUAACCAAGUGAUCUACCUUGAGGAUGAUGAUGUGGCUGCAGUUACCGAUGGCAACCUCUCAAUCCAUCGUGUCAAGCGCUCUCUUGAUGAUACAGGUCUCAGAGAAGUUAUCACACUUAAGAUGGAAAUACAACAAAUUAUGAAAGGAAACUUCAGCUCAUUCAUGCAGAAAGAAAUCUUUGAACAGCCAGAAUCUGUGGUGAACACAAUGAGAGGUCGUCUUAACUUUGAGACUAAUUCAGUGAUCCUUGGAGGCCUCAAGGAACACAUGAGUGAGAUUAGACGUUGCAGGAGGAUCAUCUUUAUAGCUUGUGGUACCAGUUUCCACAGUGCAGUAGCUACUCGGCAGUUGUUAGAAGAGCUGACAGAACUACCAGUCAUGGUAGAGUUGGCCAGUGAUUUCCUUGAUAGAAGUACUCCUGUAUUCAGAGAUGAUGUCUGCUUCUUCAUCAGUCAAUCAGGAGAGACAGCUGAUACUCUUAUGGCUUUACGAUAUUGCAAACAGAGAGGAGCAUUAAUUGUUGGAAUUACCAAUACCGUGGGGAGCAGUAUUUGCAGAGAAUCCCACUGUGGGGUGCACAUAAACGCUGGCCCAGAGAUUGGAGUAGCCAGUACCAAAGCUUACACUAGUCAGUUCAUUGCUCUGGUCAUGUUUGGUCUGAUGAUGUGCGAGGACAGAAUCUCCAUGCAGGACCGAAGGCAGAAAAUCAUACAAGGACUCAAAGAUCUUCCAGAACAAAUCAAAGAAGUAUUAAAGCUUGAUGAUCAAAUCAACAGCCUGGCACAGGAGCUCUACCAACAGAAGAGUUUACUUGUCAUGGGGCGUGGAUAUAACUAUGCCACUUGUCUAGAGGGUGCACUGAAAAUUAAAGAGUUGACUUACAUGCAUUCCGAGGGUAUUUUGGCAGGAGAGUUGAAGCAUGGACCUCUUGCGCUUGUAGAUAAAGCCAUGCCAGUCAUGAUGGUAGUGACGAGAGAUGGAGUUUAUGCAAAAUGUAUGAAUGCCCUUCAGCAAGUGAAAGCCAGACAUGGUCGACCUUAUAUAAUAUGUACUAAGGGUGAUACUGAGACACAACAGCAUGCGCAAAAAUAUCUAGAACUCCCACAUACGGAAGAUUGUCUUCAGGGUAUUCUCACAGAUUUGAUGUUGAUUGCCCAAGGAAUUUGGCUAAAUCUGUGA